CUAUAGACGACGUCCUCCUAGACUUUUAGACCUUAGAUUACAAUAUCUUCAAUGUCCCUCGCUCUUGCAUCUCGCUCUGCCGCUCGCGCACACUCAGCUGUUUUCAGGCGCCAACUUCAUGCUAGUGGCGCUGUUCGUUCGCCCCACGGUGAAUACCACCAUCUCCCUUUCGCCUGGCCUCAUGACAAGAAAGCUAGCUUUGCGCUCAAAUUGACUGCUUACCUUGGGAUUGGGUUCGCCAUUCCAUUCAUUGCUGGAGCUUAUCAACUCAAAAAAGGGGGUGCUUGAAUGCGAUGGGUUUUUUGUAUAUAUGGUUGUCGGAUAGUUGUAGAUCACUUCAACUGAACAAUGUGAUA